GUGGAAGGGGAAAAGAAGGAUGACCUGAGCCUAAGCGAGAGCUUUUUCAUGGUGAAAGGCGCAGCCCUUUUCUUGCAACAAGGAAACAGCUCCCAGGGCCAGCGAAGUCUCCAGCAUCCUCACAAACAUGCAGGUGAUUUGCCCCAGCACCUCCAGGUGAUGAUCAACCUCCUUCGCUGCGAGGAUAGGAUCAAACUGGCUGUCCGUUUGGAAAGUGUGUGGACAGACAGAGUCCGGUACAUGGUGGUUGUAUACAGCAGCGGACGACAAGACACAGAAGAGAAUAUUCUGCUGGGUGUGGAUUUCUCCAGCAAGGAGAGUAAAAGCUGCACUAUAGGAAUGGUUCUUCGUCUGUGGAGCGAUACUAAAAUCCAUCUUGAUGGCGAUGGUGGCUUCAGUGUGAGCACUGCAGGGAGAAUGCACAUCUUCAAGCCAGUGUCGGUGCAAGCCAUGUGGUCGGCGUUACAGAUCCUCCAUAAAGCCUGCGAAGUUGCGAGAAGGUACAACUACUUCCCAGGUGGGAUGGCUUUGGUCUGGGCCACGUACUAUGAAAGCUGCAUCAGCUCCGACCAGAGCUGCAUCAACGAGUGGAAUGCGAUGCAGGACCUGGAGUCCACCCGCCCCGACUCUCCAGCCCUUUUUGUUGACAAGCCAACUGAAAGGGAACGAACAGAACGGCUCAUUAAAGCCAAACUCCGGAGCAUCAUGAUGAGCAAAGACCUGGAAAAUGUGACUUCUAAGGAGAUACGAAACGAGCUGGAGAAGCACAUGAAUUGCAACUUGAAAGAAUUCAAGGAAUUUAUAGACAAUGAAAUGCUGCUUAUCCUGGGUCAGAUGGACAAACCAUCCCUGAUUUUCGAUCAUUUAUACCUGGGGUCUGAGUGGAAUGCCUCCAACCUCGAGGAGCUGCAGGGCUCGGGCAUUGACUACAUUUUGAAUGUGACAAGAGAAAUUGAUAAUUUUUUCCCCGGUUUGUUCGCCUAUCACAAUAUCCGAGUGUAUGACGAGGAGACGACAGACCUCCUGGCUCACUGGAACGAGGCGUACCACUUUAUAAAUAAGGCCAAGAAGAAUCACUCCAAGUGCCUGGUGCACUGCAAAAUGGGUGUGAGCCGCUCAGCGUCCACUGUUAUAGCUUAUGCGAUGAAGGAAUUUGGCUGGUCGCUGGAAAAGGCGUAUAAUUAUGUGAAGCAAAAACGCAGCAUUGCAAGACCAAACGCAGGCUUCAUGAGACAGCUUUUGGAAUACGAAGGCAUUUUAGAUGCGAGCAAGCAACGCCACAAUAAGCUGUGGAAGCAGCAGGCAGAGAGCAACCUACCCCAGAACACAGACGGCACCACGGCGUCGGGCGACUUCUUACUCGAGAGCUUAGACAUCGACCUAGAAAACCGCCUGGCUGACCUGGACACGCCUUCGCAGUCAGCGUAUCUGGACAACCGCGCUGGCACAGAGGUGUCUGUGGGGUUCAAUUACUGCUUCCGUCGCCUCUCGGACACGCUGCUGGAGAACAAGAUUCCCAGUGACAGGGAGGGCUUUUUCCACGUGGAGGAGCUGGAGCGGGAUGCGCUUGCGGAGCGCGCUGCCUCGCUGGUGGGACAGUCCCCGUCUGCACCGUCGGAAGGGAGGCUGCUGGAGACGGCAAAAGCCCUGGAGACUGCAGAGCCGCUGGCGGAGCUGAGCAGUUUCAGUGAGAAAGAGGUGAAGAAGAAACUGAACUUCAGCCCCAGGAAGGGAAGGAUAGUGCUGGGCCCCAGGGACCCAGGGGAGGACGGUGUCAGGGAGGAAAAUCCGAUGGAGAAGUGGAAACGGCGUUUGUCCACGCACAAGGAGGAGAGCAGGCUUAAUAGAGAGAACUUGAAUAACAACAACAGCAAAAGGAGUUGCCCAGAGGAUUUUGAGCAUGAUGCCGUAUUUGGGAUCCUCAGUAAGGUCAAGCCUUCCUAUCAGUCUUGCGCUGACUGCAUGUAUUCCUCGGCUAGUUUGUCUCCUGACUCCUUUGGGGAGCAGUGCGAAAAGCUGAACCCCGGCACUGCACGUCGCAGCACCACCACCAUCUGCACGCAGCCGGCCCUCCUCUCCCACAUCAAUUCCAACCUGGUGGACCACCUGCCCAGCAAGGUGCACUCAGAGGAAGCAAUCAGAACUAAAAAUAACGAGGCUGCGCUUCCUCUGUCGGCAGGAGCUGGUGCUUUGGAGGCUGCCGCUUGCAAAUCGCUUGAUCAACACUGCAGCAUUUUGGAAAAAGGAAAAGACGCACCAAAAACCCCGGUCAAAACUCUGCUGCCCAGGAGAAACUCACACUGUGACAAGAGCCUCCUUAACGUAGAAGUGGUAAAAGAGGACUCUCUGGCCAGAAGAGAGAGCAAACCUACCAAGGAUCUGAAGUAUUUGUUGUUCAGCAAAGACUUGGAAAAGUCAAGUGCAAACAGUUACUUGAUGCAGCAUCAGGAGUCUCUCAUUCAGCUGCAGAAAGCAGGCUUGGUCAGGAAGCAUACCAAAGAGCUGGAGCGGUUGAAGAGCCUGCCGUCGGACGCCUCGUCGCUGCUCAGAGAGAGCCCCCUGAGCAGAGCCGACUCCGGCAUUGUGGAGGAAAGCGAGGAUUUGAUUUCACAUCACGGCCUCGUACCUCUUCUGCGACCCGCACCGCUGAUACCCGAAGAUGCAGAGAACGACGUGGAGAAGUUAGAGGUGAAACGUGUCUUGGAGGGGAUCUCUCAGAAAACCUCCACGCCUGUCAUGUGUCGGCUGGAGCACACGAGCAGUUUCACCAAGGACUUCCUGAAGACCAUCUGCUACACCCCGUCCUCCUCCCGGAGCUCCAACCUGACGCGUAGCUCCAGCAGCGACAGCAUCCACAGCGUGCGGGGCAAGCCCGGCCUGGUGAAGCAGCGAACUCAGGAAAUUGAGACCAGGCUGCGCCUGGCUGGCUUGACUGUGUCUUCUCCUCUGAAAAGGUCCAAUUCUCUCGCCAAGCUAGGAUGUCUUAACUUGUCCUCUGAGGACUUAUCGAGUGACAUGGAUGUGUCAACCAUAACGGACUCCAAAGAGGCCGUUUCGAGCGAGUCUUCCGUGCUCUGUGAGCCACAAUCCACGCUGAGGAGUGCAGACGUCACCUCCAAACUGGCAGCGAAGCCAGCGGUCGGAAACUUGAAGAGCACGCUUUGGAUGGGCAAAAGUUGA